AUGAAUUAUCACACCACUGCAGGUAAUGAAACACAUGUUGAUUCAUUUGGCGAUAAUGACCUUGGAAGUGAAAGCAGUCCCGAGAGUUCCGCAGUGGUGGUUAAGAAUGGCAGUGUUUUCGAUCAUGUAGCUACGAACAAGGCAUCGGCGAGUAGAGGAAUCGCUGACAGCCACAACAUCAGUUUGGAACAACUGGAAAUGAUGACGGUGGAUGUACUGCAUGAUUUGGAUUUGGUGGGUGAGCCACUGUCAAGUGACAAAGAUACCAAAGCUAGAGUUGCGAGCAACGAGGCAUCAGGGAGCGGGGCCAUAUAUGGCAAAAAUGUCGAUGGAAUAAUGUCCGAGACAGAAACAAGUAGUGAAACAAGCGAAACUGAUGACGAUUAUGACGGUGAUGACGGAAUUACAGUUGAGGAAGCGAAAAAACGCAUUAGAAUCACAGGCAAUGGCGAGCAAUUCGCGGUGCAUGGAUCUGAUUCCGAAUACGCACUAGUCUUCACACCAUUUAACACUGGUAAUUCCCAUUUACCGACUUUGGAAUAUUCAAAAGAUGGUGGGGAAGCAUUCGAAGAGAUCUUCAAAUGGCCAAAAGGAGAAGCAAUCGUUGCAGGCAAUGGUGAACAAUUCGCGAUGCAUGGAUCUGAUUCCGAAUACGCACUGGUCUUCAGACCCUUUAAUACUGGUAAUUCCUACUUACCAUUUUUGAUAUGUGUGAUGCACAAAUAGACUUUGGAAUACUCGAAAGAUGGUGGGAAAGCAUUCGAAGAGAUCUUCAAAUGGCCAAAAGGAGUGUCCGUAAAAGGUGCAAUGGUGAUUAGUAAUAGUGAAAAUCCAAGCAAAUCAGUUUGCUGGGAUAGGUGGAUGAAGAAUCUGUGCCAGUUCUUGCCGUCUUUCGACUCCAGCGCGUACUAUACGGGUAUGAGUGUCAACCACGAAAAUAAAUGGAUGGAAAAGUGA